GAGCAGUACGUUCGCUGGUGUAAAUUUUGGAGUUCAAGUACAUUGACCAAUCACAUGCAAGGAGUAAGUAGUCUCCAGUCCUCUUUGAUGGGGUCUCAGGCCGGCUAUGUUUUGGAAAGGAGGGUUAAUGCUGGGGGAGGGAGACGGGGAAAAUGAGAAAACUAUUGCCCCAUCACCUCCCGUCUCCUUUCUACUGACCGUCCCCUACCCCCUUGGUACCGAUUUAUUCUUCUCCCCAGGUUUCUGCUGCUGUAAAAUCAAAGAUGGCAGCCUUAAUUUUCACCGAAAAAAUACUGAGCAUUCACUCGCCCUUCUUAAGGAGUUUUCUUUCUUGAAUGGUUAAUUAAUCAACUUGGGAAAUGAGGAGAACUUCGUCGAGCACUGCACAGAGCUUGUUUAAUGUUUAUACUACCAAUACCAACUGUUCCUCGUGCUAGAAAUGUUUCAUUAACUUAAGAUGAUUUUGAGUGUCGGUCUGCACCAAGUAUACUCUUACGGGAGGAGUGAGUCUCUUCUUGAAUGUUCCUGGAGUUGGUCGAGGAGUUGCAGUUAAAGGAUGGCAAUCUUCCCAUCCGCAAAUAAAUCUUCCCAUCCGCUAAAAUGAAAGGAAUAUCAGUUGCAAAGACUGCAUCAUUGCCACCCCUAUUGUGUACCGUCCCCCUUAUGCCCGUUGGAUAAGAUGACGUCACGUUUAAGCAUCAUUCAUCUUUCCACGAAUCCAUCCGGAACCACCAGAGAGUCAUUUUCUCAGAAAAGUGAGCCCCACAGUCAGACGUCCAAGGUUUCACGGAUGACACAACUGUUUACCUUGACAAAAAUUGCUACAAAGAGCUGAAUUGAAGCCUUUAGACGCGAUAAAAUAAGUUGAGCGGUACAAGCUCAUCCAUUCAAACCGGCGCCAUUGGGUAAAGCGGAAUACAAAACUGUAACUCACUGGGGUAGCAAGAGGAACAAGGCUUGCCUGUGUUAACUCAGGUCCAUCUGCCAUCAGCAUGUCCAGUGUGCAAAGGCUUACGACGAGGGUGGUACCAAUCCCCAAAGACAAGGUUGGACUUGUUAUAGGAAGAAAAGGAUCACGACUACAGGAGAUAAGAGAUCAAACUGGAGUCUACAUAUCCAUCAAAGACAAUCAGGCCCAUCUGAGAGGCACAGAAGAACAAUGUCAGGAUGCAAAGACAAUGAUUGAAGAAACACUGACAAGAGCUCACGACAAAAGAGGCGGGUUCAAGAAGCUCGACGUAAAGAUACCCGAGAAAUUCAUGGGUUUCGUCAUUGGAAGAGGACGUGAGAAACUUAACGACAUCGAAACUAGGACAGGCGUAGCCCUUAAAGUCAUUGACAAUCACCUGCACAUCAAAGGAUCAACUGAACAAGAAAAAAAAGUGAUACGAGAAGUAAAGGCCACUGUGAACCUAGGAAUGAAACGUUCACUGAGGGUUGAACCUCUUGCGAGGUUUUGUUAUGUAGAUACGGCUCAACUAAAGGAUGAUCACGAAUUUGAAUUGCACAAGAUACGAUCAGAAGAAGCCAGCUCGAUUGAAAAAUCCUUUCAACUUAGGCUCCUGGAACAUCCCUUAGAAGAGGAAAAGUCUGAUUUUGCUGACACAGACAGUCUGAUCGAAAAGAUCCUUGGGGUCUUAAAGCAAAUACACAAAGAGAAGGAGGAAGGAGAGAUGGUCAAAGUUGAUAUGUGGAGUCAUUUCGGCCACGCCCACAUUAGCAGGAUUGAUGAAGAAGAAGAGGAGCAGACGUUUACUUUGAAUGAAAUCAAACAUAAACUUGAAUCCACGGAUGGCAAAAGCUGGAAACUGUCCUUCAAGGAGGGCGUUGAGAAAAUAGAAGUUGAGGAAAUUGAGAAGAAUCUCACUUCCUGUUCAGCUACUGAGGAUAUCAGACAUGACUUCACAUUUUACACCCCUUCUUGCCGAGAUAUACGUGUUAAGGUAUGGCUAGAGGAGGAACACUCUAAGGAAGAAGGGGCUGCAGAGCCUUCUCUGGUAUUCUCUCGGUUUGCUCCUAUUCCUGUUAAAAACGUUUUGACUCGAGUAUUGUCUGAGGAGGAAACUGGGGAUACGUCGGACACGCCGAACUUUCACAUGUGCUCUCAGUUUCAUCAUAGAAUGAGAGCGGAGAUUUUGAUGCCCUCCAAGGGAUUCGACUGCCGUUUGUCAAUACGAACAUGCUCGAAUAUCCCGAAGACGCCAGAAGUUGAGGAAGAAGACAUGAUUCUAGAAAGUUACUUGAAUAAGAUGAAGCUUGAUGGAAGUCAGCUGAGGUUACCACCAGUCACUGAGCUUCCAGAAGGGUUUGACCUGUUUUACCAACGCCGCAGCCUAAGGAGAACAUAUCAGUACGAAAUGGAAGGAGAAAAAUUUACGUUAACUGUUUGUAAGGAACAAGCAAAACACGUGGAUAUCGAUCAUACUGAUGACAGUGUAUACGGCUUGGACGAAACAGAACCGAAGCCGGACAUUCAUCUCCACUGUGAAGAAUGGGACCAAAAACUUGAUGAAGGAAGCUGGGAGCCGGAGCAGAUUGUUGCUAAACUACCUUCGUUUUUAAAGUUUCUGAGAAAAGUGCAGCGAAAUGUAGCUCCACAGGAUGAGGCGAGUGACCAAUAACGAAGAACAAGUUGAAGCACGAUGUUUUUUCUUAAAAUAUCGGUGAUAAGGUAGUUUAGUCCCUGGUCGCAGUUCCUUCCAAUUGACUCUGGCUUUUAGUCUUGUGCCCAGACCUUCCACUGCCAAACGGUUGUAGUUGCACGGUGGGAUCUGGGUACGAGAUUAAGUGGCUAUGAGCCAUUGUAUUUAAGAAAUGAAAAUUGAAAGAAUUGAUAUAACGUAAAUGACGCACGUCGAAGUAAGUUUCUAAGGCUGGGUUCUAGGACACUGUGUAACUUUACAUUACAAAAAAAAAAGAAACACUGUUCAAGUUGAGCCUAGAACUGAAUGCGCUGCUUCCAACGUGUUUUACUGUUACCCCGUCAUGGUUUAAAAGCUUCAAAGAGCGUUUAGAUAAAUGGCCGCGUUCAAAUUAAAGAGACGCAAUUAAUAAUCCAAACGGCAGAAAAACAGGAGUGUUUUUUUUUCAUUGGGUAAUAGGAAUUCACAUCUUCCAAAACGAAAGCAACAUUGGAUGAUUUCAUCUCGUUUCAUAUUUCGGGUAGCCAGCAGCGGUAAUGUUGACGAGGGGUGCUCAGUUUACUCGGUUAAAAUUUUAGCUUCCAUCUAUGAUUUUAACAGCGGUGGAUGGCAGAGGAGGGAAAGAAAUAUAUAACCUGAAGGAGCUCAGCAGCGGCCACUGUCUUUAUAGUUUUAUUAUGUAAUCUAAUCAUCAAUCACAGCAUCAAUCGCUUCAGUUAUUUGGCAGAAAAUACUGACGCGAUCU